AUGAUCCCAACAAGCGCCCAACAAUGGACUUGGGAAAGCGAUGCGUUCCGUCCGGCGUCGUUCACCAAAGACCACAAACUACUAGAAAUGGUGGAUCAUCGAAUGGACGAUUCCACAGCUGACUUGACUGUCGACGAUUCCACAGCUUACUCCAACACGGCAGUCUUGGACUUGGUAGAAAACUAUGAACGUAAUUCCGAGGUGGUGAAAUCGAGAAAGACGUACACCCUGUCGGAUCUUUUGGAUAGUUUGCUACUUUGCGCCUUCUUUAGUGAUACCACCACCGCCACCACAAACUUGGAAGAAGACGAUUCGAAUGACGGCAAGCCAAGUCGUGAAAAGACGCUUGUAAAAGUGACAGCCACUGCAUUUCCAAGAAAAAGGAGUAGGGACAGAGACGAAUACCGAGAGUAUUUGAAUAUGGAUUUGCUACGGCGGAAAAGCUGUGCCUUUGUGGGGGAAGUAAACGAAUCACAUCAGUUCAAACAGGGAACGAUGGUGACUGCAUUGAAAAUGUACCCAAUGGACACUCGAUUCAUUUCCAUUCGGUCCGAGUCACUCAUUACACUGCCAUCAAAACUAGAUCCAGGAGAAGCAAGUGCCGUUCUUUCGACGUAUCUACCUGCCUUUGUAAUGCUUCAUCACGGAUCCAGAGACCGCCAAAACAGACAUUCAUUUUCUUCUUUAGAAGGACAGAACAUACUUCUGAUUGGUGGAGAUGUGAUAGAGCAAGAAGCACUGAUCAAGCUUGCAUUCAUGGGAGGAGCAAAUAAGGUAUCAGUGCUGCCAGUAUCGCAAGAAGGUGAUCCAACCUUGGAACGGCGUCGUUUUGGAAGGGUCAAUUUAGAUGUGUUGCCACUAGCAAAUCCCGAAGCAAUCCUGUCGCAACUAGAAGGAUCCAUGGACUUGGUUAUUGAUCUCUCUUUUCCACUGCACUUUAGCAGUAUCCAAUCGACCGUAAGGCCCACGACUGGGAGAUUGGUGGCACGAAAAAAUGAACCCAAUCGCAAUAUUUUGGCUCGGACCGUUUCCAACAUGGUCCACCAUGUGGCUCUAUUUUUGGUGACCAACGCUUAUUUGUUUGACUUUGAUUGUCUAUCGAUGAACCACAAUGGUGACGUCAAGCGAGACAUUCAGUACCUCUUUCAAUUGCUAUCGAAUCGAAGGAUACGACCCAACAUUGAUAGAUUCAUCACUCGUGACGAUGUCACAAAAGUCACUGAGGAACUUGCAAACACUCCUGCUGCAGGUGAUGUUAUUUGCGAGUUGCGAUGUACCGAUUAUUAG